GCUUCGAGGAUUUCCGAAUGUCAGAUCCCAAAGUGGCGGCUCGAGGAGGUGAUCUGGCACGCGUUGGUGUCCAGGUGUUUUAUUGUUUCAAAUGGUUAAUUAACAAGAAGGAGAACGAUGCAGUGCCUCACGGGUGUAGUGGCAGCAGCAUUCUUUACCACAUGAAGGUUUGGCGUUCGGGCCAACCUCUACCAGUUCAAGACAGGCGGACGGAAAAUAAAAUCAUAUUUAUUGAGUCACAGGCGAAAUGUGUUACUCUGUGGUUUUAUAAAAGUGCUACCAUUAAAUGGAACGACAAGGAGCUGGGCCGAGUUGUUUAAAACGAGACACUCUUCUUACAAAAAACUUCUCAAAGGAGCUAAAUAUUAUACAUAAAAACGUAGACCGUACGAUGGCGCCGCCUGUGUCUGUGAUGCUUGCUUAAAGCCGAGUUGAAAGUUGUUUAAAGCCCCAAACUAACGUCUAUUAAUAGACGAUGCGGAUUGUCACGGAAAAGGCCACAGCAUUACAUUUCCUCGUCCGAAAUAAAGUCAUCAUUCAGCCAGACUUAGGUAACAAAGUGGUAAUAUCUCACGUGCUGUGUGCCGUCCUCUGCGUCAUGAUGGAUGGUUGCACUGUCAUCAACCUGUGGGCGGAGGAGGACGUGUUUGUCUGUCAGAGGAGCAAGCGGAAAGGCACCUGUAUGGAGAAGGGUGAAGUGUAUGACGAAAAUGGCAUUAGAAUGUUUCAAGCGAAGCAUAAUUUGGGUAGGUACCGUAUGGGGCCGAGAUUUACAGUUAUACCCCCUAUCAUAUUAGCCAGGACGAGUGACACGUGCUUUAACCAGAUUCUAUCCGGAUAUCUUAUAACCUCUGUCAUGUUUCAUGGCAGCCUUGUAACACCCUAUGACAUCAUCAUUCACAAAUACCAUUGGGAAGACUACACGAUGAGGCUAACAUACAAGUGGAAGAUUUCGACGCUAGGGGAGCUGCAUAUCAUGGAUUUUCAAUCGGAUGAAUACCCCACUGUAACGUUGAUGUUAAGGGCCGGGAAAUUUGAACUCUACGACUUCAAGAAGGGAGAAGUUGUCGGGCGGAUUUUGUUACCAAACUUCUGCUCCGUUACCCCCACACUUCUCACUUAUUCCAAGAUUAUGUAUAAAUGUGGGAGAAAGUUUUGGGUCUAUGAUUACGAAAUUGCAAUUACUACUAACAGUAUGUCUGGCAAGAAGGAAUUGCUCAUGCAUCUCAGGAAUAAGAGAAACAUAAAGCCUCACCUGAAAAACGGUCGAAUAAAAAGUGCCUUUUUUUUUCUCGAGACAGAUUUCACCUGGCUUUAUCAAGUUAUUCCUAAACACUACAGCAUCACCCUGCACCACAUCUGGUCAAACUAUCGCAUAUUCACUGCCCAUAAACUAAACUUUAAAUGGCAGAGACUUUUUUCUUCACUACAUGAUUAUAAAUCGUCGCUGUUGAUCUUUGUCUUUCAUGGAUUUGUUACAACUGAUGGGUUCGAAGUGAAGUGUGUCCCCAAACAGGCCAUUUCCCCGAAAGUUGUUUGUAAAACCCCUGUUGUUACCUUGAGAAUCCGACUUAACCUGAAGGUCCGCCGAGGUGCCUCCACCAAUAUGCGCAUUGAUCAACAUGGCAAUGUGUUACAGUUGAUCCCUGCAAAGAUUCUCCACAAGGGUCAGAAGGUCAAAGGUCACAGAGUCAUUCAUUUCUAUUACCCAAUUUGA